CUAACGCUAGGAACAGGAACCAAUGUGUUCGAACAUGAGAGCGGGGGGGACGUUAAUGAGUGACGGUUCAUCCAAGCGGAAGUUUUAUACAUGUCAAUGUUUUUUUGCCAGAAGGUGGAUGUUACUUUUCCAAACUAUCUUAAUUCCUCAAAAAUAGAAGGUAUAUUGUGAACACAGCGAGCUAAAUGAAGAGCGUAUCUGUCAGUGUACAGUAAGUUAAAGAUAAAAUGGCAAACAUUAAAGAGUACGUCGAUAAACUGACUCGUGUUUAUGAGCGAUACACGGAGUAUGUGAGGAGAAACCCAGCCGCUACAGCGCAGCUGGAGAGCACGGUGCGGACCCUCUCCUACCUGAUAGCAGGGCGAUUUGCAGAUUCCCAUGAAAUAUCUGAACUAAUGUACUCUGCCUCCAAUCUCUUGGUGCUCUUCAACGACAGUAUUCUGCGCAAAGGGCGGAGAUGUGCCUUCCCUGUGUCUCUCUCCCAGCAGAGACUCCUCAACUGGCUGUCUGUGUUGGAGCAUGUGGAGGUUUUCCUGGAGAUGGGGGCCUGCAAGCUGUGGGGGGACGUCGGCCGCUGGCUGGUGAUUGGACUCAUUCAGAUUUUUAAGUAUGCUUUUUGGCAAUUUUUUCGCCUCAUCCUUCUUCUGUGGUACAAAUCCGGCAUCCAGACUUCACCUCCCAUAAUCCCCCUCGACAGAAGUGCAGAAUUUGUCGGUGAAGACGUUAACAGGGAGCAGCAAGAUGACGCCUGCUUUGUGGGUCAGAGGUCAGGACGAGUUAUUAGGCCACUGGGCAGCGCGCCCGGCCUGCAGGCCCGGCUGUGGGGAGCGCCGAGCCAGAAGAAGAGGAGCAGCUCAAGUGAGGAGAAGCUCCACAGCACGCCAACGCCGCUGGGGCUCCAGGAGACCCUGGCUGAGUCCGUGUACAUCGGACGGCCACUCGUACACCUACUCUGUCUCGGACUCUGUGGAAAACACUCGUGGAAGCCGUGGCUCAUCUCUGGAGUCCUCGAACUCUCCAGUUUCGCGGUGCUCAGUGACCGGAAAUUCCAAAAUCGAUGGGAGAAGGCCGAGAUGAGGAGGAGAACCUUUCUUUUGCUGUACUACUUUCUGCGGUCCCCCUUCUACGACAAAUACUCAGAGGAGAAGAUUCUCUUCCUGCUCCGACUGCUGGCCGAUCACGUCCCAGGAAUAGGCCUCGUCGCACGCCCUCUGAUGGAUUACCUCCCCACCUGGCAGAAGAUCUACUUCUACAACUGGGGAUAAAGCCUGCUGGACGUGCUCGCACCUUUGACGUCUGCAAGUCAAAAAAAAAAGGGCAACGUCGAGAAAGGGACGCUCUGACCCGGGGACAGAGACGCUUGCUAUAAUUCCCCACGAAUCAGAUAAAAUCAUGUGGAAACGAUGACCACUUGGGACAGCGAGGACCUUCUUUGUGACAAAACGUCUUGAUUUAGAAGGCUACUCCAGAAAUAAAGCAAACUGUUUUUGUCUUUUCCCCCCUACAGGUUUAAUUACCUUGUUUUUCACUCUACAACACACGGGUGUGACUGAUGCUAAGUGUUUGCCUCACGGGUCAGAGAUCUUCAUUCUUUGAGUUGUUGACGAUUCACGCCAUUGUCCGUACUGUGAAGCGUUUGGUAUUCGCAUUGACAGCUUGUAUUAUACAAGGCCAAAUAUUUUUGAGCAAUUCAAGUCUCAAAGCAGUUUGUCGACAACUGGUGCCGCAGGGCAGGAAUCUGUACGACAACGUCUCAAGCACACAACUAGAGUGACGACAAUCUCAACACCUCGUUUACCCGAGUAGGCUUUCAACGUCCCCGUUCUUGUUGGAGUUUUCAUGCAGAAAUGAGCUGUACAAUGCCAGUGGAAAACAGAUUAAUGGCCGCGUGUGUGUGUGUGUGUGAAAGCUGGAGUCAAUGACAAGAACAAGCCAGAGGUUUUGAAUCUUUAUUAAUUUACUGAAUAGGUUUCUUUUUUUUUGUAGCCUACAAAUAAAUAGUCAAAUGUUUCAUCCUGUCA